AAUUGAUAUUCGGAAUAUUUCAAGUUAUUUCCUCUUAAAUCAUUUUCUCCGUGACGCUAACUGGUCGGAAACCGCUGCGCGGGGCGGUCCGGCUUUGCUGAGAAAACACACUUAAACAGCCGCAUCCCAUUAACUUUCAUAUUAGAAGGUUUUGUUGACCCAUCAAACGCAUCAAAACGAGGAGUUAAACAAUGACCUCCGAAAUCUGUGCAGAUCUGGAGGCUGAACUUGGAGAAUUGCUCCAGGAAUUUCAAGACGUGGUGGAGGAGCUGCGGGACUCGGCACCGGCUGCCCCGAACGUCUAUCAGGAGCAUCUGGUGCGGGCGAAGAGACGCGCCGGCGUGAGCGACGGAGUCAGCGACAGCGGGAUAGACUCAGACCAAAGUAGGGAACAGUCACCUGGAAGCAGCUUGAAUACCAGUGAGGAGGAGCUGAGCACUGCAGGCAUGAACGUGACUCAGAGAGCGAAACUGGGGGACACCAGUGAGCUUCAGAGUUUUAUCGACAAUCUGGACAAGGAACUUGCAGAGAUGUAAGCCCAGGGAAUCCAAUCAGGCCAGAGCGUGCGGCUGGUGCUGCCCGUCCACCACCAGCAGAGAGGGGACCGCAAAUCCCCGUCGUCCAUUAAAACGAGUCCCAUCCCUCCCCCGCUCUGGGUGAAAGGUCAAAAGUAGCCAGUAAAAAAUAUGACACAAUCAAUCCACUUGGUCCCUGACUGAAGAGAGAGCCGGAUGAGUUCCCCCGAGUCCUUGAGGAUGGGACUUGGCUGACAGUGAAGCUGCGAAGUGACUAAAUCCUCUUCUAAUUAAAAUGUGUGUCUGAGCUGAUGAGGUCCCGGGUUUGCAUAGCACACAUCUCCAUCAACAGACUCAUAAUUAGUGCGAAAAACCUGGCGUCCUGCCGAUUGUCGGAGAAUGGAAGGGCUUUUUAAUUAUGAUGUCAAAUAAAUAACUGAGUUGCAGUGGUUUUAUAUUUUAAAAAACUGGGGUCAAAGAGGAGGGUCGACACAAUAAAUGCAAGUUUUACAGAAUUUGCUUUUGUGGAUAAAUCAAGACUGUAAAUGUAUUUUAGUGUAUUUUAUUACACCACUGGGGGCUUUUUGUGAAAAAUGUUAUAGUUUUCCGUUGUACAGAAGUUGUAAAAUAUUGAAAAAGAAUAUUUCGUUUUGUAUCCGUAUGUACAGUGACUGACAAUGUUGAACUGAUUGAUGUACAAUAUAUUUUUAUGUGAAUUUUAAAUGUGCAGUAUUAUAAUGACACUGAAUACCAUAUGGUGUCUUUUUUUAAAUUAAAUUACAAAUGUGCCUAUUUUUGAAUCCCUGCAUGUUUCUAGAAUGCUACUAUAGUGUAAACUUAGAUGCAUCAAUAUUAAUAAACUAACCAAUACAUUUUCUUACUUUCA